GACAAUGUUGUUGCGCGUUGUUAGCUUGUUCAGUGCUGAAACGUCGACGCUGAUAUUAUAAACAAAAACUACUUUAUGUGGAUUUGUGCAUUUCGACUGUAUUUAUGGGAUUUAACCGAGGAAAUGAUUACAGUUUUGUAUGGUGAGCCGUGCAGUGUGCGAGCCAGCGAACGCUGUUAGCGAAGUCGUAGCGAGUUAGCCCACAAUACUUAUAUUAGGAUAAUUAAUCUGUUAAAGUGAACCUUUAAGGCUAGCUAGCUCAGUGUUGUUGUUCCUUAUGUUUUUCUCCUGCGUGAGGUGUUUUAAAGAACAGCAGAUAGGUUUUGAUGGGAGAUAUAAACUUUAUUCUACAUCUUCAGAGAUAAAAUGAGAUCAGUUUCUAUCUGUGUGUAGGAAGAGGUCAUGUAGUAUACUGGGAAAAAGUAGUUUUAUUAGUGAGCCUGUUUGUUAUAGUGUACAGUCCUGAUACCAGUCUCUAUUAACCCAUCAUGAACCCGAACAAUGUCUUUGGUAGACAGCAAGGUGCUUUCCAGGCACCUAGUAAUGUCAGUCAAAGUAGUGGCCUGUUUCAGUCACUUUGCCAGCAGGGUGCAAGCAGCACGCCUCCCAACAUUGGCUUUGGGCAGAAGUCACCAUUUGGCCAACCCUCAGCGUUUAGCCAACCGUCGGUUUUUGGUCAAGGGUCUGCUGCACAGACAUCUGUUUUUGGCCAAACAUCAUCAUCAUUUGGUCAGUCUCCCUCUUUUGGUCAAGGUGGUGGGUUAGGACAAUCUUUGUCUUUCUCCUCUACUUCUCAAGCACCUGCGUUUGGUCAGACAACACUUGGAUUUGGAGCGCCUCCACCUUCUACUGGACAGACUCAGACUCCUGCGUUUGGUCAAGUGCAAGCUUUUGGCCAGACCUCGGGAUUUGGUCAGACUACUGGAUUUGGACAAACUCCAUCUGGAUUUGGAAUUUCCUCUACUAACUCACAACUGCCUAGUAAUAACAUGAGCACUGAAGGAUCUCAGUCCGGUUUUGUUCAGCCAUCUUUUGGUCAGCCAUCUGCUUUUUCUUCCACAAGCUCUGCUCUGAGUGGCCAGGGAAAUACACAGACUAGUGCGUUUGAGCCAAAAUUUAGCUUUAAAUCUCCAAAAGAAACUGUCUUUAAGCCUAUUUUCAGUGUGAGUCCGGUACCUCCCAGUGUUCAACCUGUGCCAACCUCUGAGCCGUUUGGUCCACCUAAGCCAGUUACAGGUGGUUCGGAUAUCACUGGUCCUGGUAGCUCCAGUGUGUCACUUUUUUCAAGUGCAAAACCAAGCACUCCAGGUUUCAGUUUUUCCCAGCCUGGAGCAGUCCCGUCUGCAUCUGUUACAAGUGCUAGCAUGUCUCAGACUACAGGUGGAUUGAUUGGUGGAAACAGACUCCAGUUCACGUUUUCUCAACCUGUCAAUACCACUAGCAGCACCACCACCGCUACUGCUCAAUCCACCAGCAUUUCCAGCGUUUCUUCUGCUUUUAGCUUCUCUGCAAAAGUUAUUCAGCCUCAGCAAGCUUUUGGCCAACCUGUAUUUGCAUUAAUUAGUUCAAAACGUGAAGAAAGUCCAGAACUGAGAAAUGAGGAGACUUCAGGAGCCACGGUGUUUGCAAGUAUUGGGAAGGGCAUGAAACGGAAAGAAGAAAUCAGUGACUCGAAUGCUAGUCAAGGAAAAAGUUCAAAAAUUGAGGAAGGACAAGGUGAAUCUGUAGGCCCUAGACAUCCAUCCAAGCGACCCCUUAUUAGGAGUCUAGGAGGAGGUGGAAUUUUUCAAAAUGCAGUAAGUGAUAUAAAAAAGGAAAAAGGCAACACCAUGAAAAAAGAAGGGCAAACCAUUGAAGCUUCUAGAGAAAGACCAGACCCCCCACUUCCACAUGUGGAUGCACCACUUACCCCACCUAGACCUCAGGAUCCUAUUAGACAUUUUCUAGAAAAAGCAGAGACACCUGCUUCUGAGCCAGAAGUACAGACUGAUAUUCCAUCUCGAAGAACUGGACGUACAGAGAGCACUGAUAGCCUGUCUGGUCUAUCUCCGUCUGAACUCACGAUCAUACAGUGCAAGGGAAUCCCACCCAACCUAAAUCGGAAAGAGCUAAUCAAAAAACAUUUUUCUCACUUUGGGAAAGUGCUCAGAGUGUACUGCAGACCUGAAAAGAGCCUUGCUAUUGUACAUUUCUAUGAGCAUGCAUCUGCAGCAAUGGCCAAAAAGAAGGGAAAACAUUUCCAAUCAAGUGAACUCCAAAUAUUUUGGCAAAAAAAGAAACAAAGUCCAGGCACAAAAAGAGAGAGAACUUUACAAGUCAAGGAUGCGGUUAGUGCAGAAAAGGAGUUAAGACCAGAGGGCUCUCAGCUCACACCAGUGCGAAAACCAUUACCCAGAUCUCCUGUUGCCGGCACCUCCAUUGUUAAGGGAUCUCCUGUUAAGAAGCCUGUUGUGGCCAAAACCCUCCAGUUUGAUAGUGACCCCCAGCAGGACGUGAGCUUAGAGGGACACAGUGUAGAUCGUCCAAUGAUCAUGCUGUCAUCACUACAGCCUCUGGCUGGUCAAAUAGCUGAAACAACAGAGGAAAAGUACCGUCUUCUUGAGCAGAGAGACAAGAUUCUUCGCCAGUUGAGACCAAAGAGAACUGACUUGGACAUGUCUAAGGUUUUUGUGGGCACGUGUCCAGAUAUGUGCCCAGAGAAGGAGCGCUACAUGAGAGAGACUCGCAACCAACUCAGCAUUUUUGAGCUUCUUCCAAAUACAGAAAAGGUGGACCAUAGUGCUGCCAUUAAAGAAUACAGCAGAUCGUCGGCUGACCAGGAAGAGCCUCUUUCCCAUGAGCUACGGCCUCUGCCAGUCCUAAGCAUGACAAUGGACUAUUUAGUCACUCAGAUAAUGGACCAGGGAGAGGGAAACUACCGAGACUGGUACGACUUUGUUUGGAACAGAACCAGAGGAAUUCGCAAGGAUAUUACACAGCAGCACCUCUGUGACCCGGUGACUGUGUUGCUAUUAGAGAAAUGUACUCGCUUCCAUAUCCACUGUGCCCACCAUCUGUGUCAGGAGCCUAUGAUGUCUUUUGAUGCAAAGAUUAAUAAUGAGAACAUGACCAAGUGCCUUCAAAGCCUGAAGGAAAUGUAUCAAGACCUGGCCACCAAGGAUGUGUACUGCCCCAGAGAGGCAGAGUUCCGCCAGUACAGUGUUCUGCUCAAACUCAAUGAUGGUGAUAUUCUUCGCGAGAUUCAGCAAUUUCGUAAAGAGGUCCGGGAUUCUGUGGAGAUGAAGUUUGCAGUCCAGGCUUUUGCAGCCCUUAACAGCAAAAACUUUGUCAGAUUCUUCAAACUGGUGAAAGCAGCAUCUUAUCUAUCUGGCUGUAUUCUCCACAGAUACUUUAACCAAGUAAGGUGUACUGCACUGCAAGUCUUGAAUAUAGCCUACACUGUGGGCUCUCAGAGGUCCACCACUUUCCCUGUGGAGGACUUGGUCCGAAUGCUCAUGUUUCGCAAUGCAUCUGAAGCUAUUGACUUUCUUCAGCUUUAUCACCUUAAUGUUGCUGAUGGCAUGGUUGAGUUGAGCCGUACUGCCUAUCAGGAACCAGAUUUAUCCAUUCCUCCAAAGAGAUCAAUUGCCAUUGAGAAGAAGAAGACGGUGCUGAUUGGGGAGGUUGUGAACGGAGGCCCAUUGCCUAACCCGCCACAGCACACACCAGUCUGCAGCUUUGACUCCAACAAUAAAUUCAGGGGAGAUUUAGCUUCCUUCGAGACCGUACCAGCUGUUACAAAAGUGAAACCUCUGUUUGAACUGGAGACAAGGCCUCAGAUCAAACCCAAAUUGCUGACAGAGCCUAGGCUGGUCAUGGAGCCCCCAGCAGCAGUGGAGCUGGCCCAGCAUGAAGACACACAGGAGACUGGAGAAUCCUUACAACAUAUUUUACCAGUGCUUCCAGUAAACCCUCAGCUUAUGUUCCAGCCUAUUGGUCAACCUGAAGAGCAGCCCCAGCCUAUCAGACCACCAUCUCCAAAGAGAGAACCAGCCUACUCGGACCAGGAUUUAAUGGCAGAAGUGGAGUCUGUGGUAGAGGAGUUUCUGGCAGAUGAAGUCUUGGACAUAGCUAAAGCUGGGGCUCAGUAUGUCUCUGCAGCUCUGGGUGUGAGUGAGAGUGAGAUGCAGACCCUGGUCAGUGAGGUUGUGGUUCAGAUGCUAAGAGAAGUGUCUGAAUCUGAGAUCACUGCUGAGAAGGAGCGAAUUGCUGAGGAGAAACGCAAGCUGGAGGAAGAAAGGCAAAGAAAGGAACGAGAGGCUUUUCUGGACAAACUGAGCUAUGAGCUGUGUGCUGAAAUCAGUGAAGAGGUCAUUACGCAGUGCACCAGGGAAAUGGCUGAUGUGGAGAUAAAGCUUGCAUUGGAGGAGAAGGCUGCAUAUGUUGCUCGAUGCACAGAGGAUGUGUGUAGCAGUUUAGUGAAGGAAACACUUGACAUGGAGAUUGACUGCCUGGUCAGAGAGGUGCUUGGUGCACAAUUACGUCAGAUACAGAAGAAGUUUAUUAAGAGGUGGCGUGAUGUGGUAGCAGUACGUAGACAGUUGAAGAGGCAAAUGCGUGGAUUCCCUGCAGCCCCAUGCUGUGUUGACCCUAAAUUCAAGCUGAAGGCUUUAGUCCCAAGUGCUCUGUCCUUUACAUCUUUGGACAGACUUGCUCAAGGCUUCAUCAACCUGGGCAAUGCAGGGAACAUGUGUGUGUCUUGCACAAGGUUACUAAAAGUGAGGGAUGAUACAAUCCGUCAGAUGCGAGUAGACUACUAUUACAGUUUGUUGUUAAGUCAGCGUGUGUGGGCUCCUCUCGACUUGCCCUCUCUGGUGGCUGAGAGCACACCUAAUCCACCUGACAGAAUCUUCUGGAAAGCCGCUCUUCUGCUUCCCAGUGACCAGGACGGUGACAUAAGCAGCACACUGAACAAAUGGCUUGAAAUUAAACUGGGUGGUGGAGAGAGAAUAGAGGAGAGCACUGAAGGGUCAAAAGGGAAACUCAAAACUCUUAUCAUCGGUAACAGCUUGAGAGAUAUUGGACAAAAGACCCAUAAAGUUCACGUCUGUGUAAAGGUGAGCCAUGGGCCUCUGAGUGAAGAGGGGCAGAGCCAACUAGAGGAAAAGAAUGAGCUCCUAGGUACCAGCUCCCUACUGAUGCUACUGCCCCCUCUACCCUGCACUGGUCUGGAUGAUGAGGACAUACCCCUGCUCUCUGCCCUCCUUCAGCUAAAGCAGGUUCAGCAGGCCAGUGGCUGGCACACUGCACUGCCCCUGGCACUUCUGAUACCUGAACAGCUUGAAGAAACACUUAAUGAUCAGAAGUUAGAGGAAGUCCUUAAGUUAAAGACAUUAGUUCAAGAUGGACUUAUUUCAGAAUACAUUGUUAUUCGUCUGUCUGGGAAUGUCACUGAUCUGCAAGGAUCCAAACAGAUUGGUGAAGCUGUGCGCUGGCUGAUUGCUCACUCUCCAGCCUCUACAGUACUCACCUCUCAACCCCUGCUACAGUUUGUAGAAGGCGGGCUGUGUCGCGAGUUUCACAGCAGGUUCCUUCAUGACAAGCAGGAGAGGGCACAAGCAGCUCUGCCAUGCCAGGAGCCGGAGGUAGUUAUCCAACUCUAUAACAGCGUGCUGGCCUAUUUGGCAGAUGUGGUCAGUUCUGAAAGACUGGUUGGAAUCUCCUGGCCCCCACCUGAAUUCUCUUUGCCUGAGAACAGAAAGCUUAUACCACAUCUGGACUGGAAUUCCCCACAACACCUGGCCUGGAUGAAAAAAACAAUACUUAGUCUUCAGCUUCCCAAGUGGAAUUGGCCUCCUCAAAACGCUUCAUGGCCCCAUGUGUGUGAAUUCAUAUUCGAGUACGUGUCCCAGAUCCCCAGCUCUGCCCAAAGCCAGCCGCUCCUCAUGUCACAUCUGGAGCACCUGCUAGCAAGAGUACAUGCUCAACACCUGCGGCAGAACUGUGUGGAUGAAGAGUAUGAUGGGUCUUCUUUUCAUUACAUACCCUGGGAUGAUAUUUUAAUCCUUUGCAUAGAGCAUCGACUGAAAGACUGGCACUUGGCAGAGCAUCCAGUAAUAGCAGAUGCCUUCACUGACAAAGGAGAGAUUUUGGUGUACUAUUACAAAGAACAACUUAAAGAUUUUUAUCCUCCAGAGGGUUGGGUAGCAGCAGUGAGACGCACCCAUAAAGAGAAACAGCAGAACACACUAAGGUCAAAUUCAAGUUCUGCACUUACUAUGACUCCAGCAGCACGGUUUCCCAGACAGAGACUUUUCCAAAAUCAGAUAGAAACGGAGGAGAUGCCCUCUGUGUUGGACAUCACCCACAGUCCUUCACCGCAAGAGCUGCUGCCUCAACGUCUCCUCUCCAGCAUUGAACAAGAGAAAGCUCAAAGUCAGAGGUUUGAAGAGCAACUAAAGUGUUGGUUAGAAGUGGAUCCUUUGGACUUGGUCUCGAUACCCCUCUUUGUGCCUUCCACACUGCUAUCCAUGCCUGAGAUUCUUAUUCCCAAACAGAGCCCCAGUGCAUUUGCUGCCUGCAUCACAAAGGACCCACAAACCGAAGACCCUGCUGAGGUGACUCUACCUUACAGAAAAAAGGGACAUAUGCCUCUGACAGAACAACUGAAAGAGCUCGAUAGACUGGUGUUGGCAAGUCGAGAGGAGGAACGGGCGUGCAGUCUCAAGCUAAACAGCUUGUUUGAGAUUGUAGAUGACUGAACAAUGCUCUGCUGCUUGUUUACAGGUUUCUGCUUGAAUGGUUGUUUGUGAUCUUAGAAGGUUCUGACUUGAAUAGAAAUGAAUGAAGAUACUGAUAUAGUUCUAGAACCUAAUAAUACUUUGGUCAAGAAACAUUUGUAAAAUGACUUGAAAGUAUUAGUUUGUUUAUUUUCUUUCUCUUAAAAUAUGUUGUAAUUUUAAUUUUGAUGUUAUGUACCAUUAGCUACGAUUAAUGAGUAAUUUUGAGAUUUUAAGGAUGUGUUUUUGUACUUGAGCAUGUUGCAAUAAAG